AUGACGAUGAGAGCAAUAGUAGUACCUUUUCUAUUUUGCUUAGUGUUUGUAGCUUUGGGUACGAAAGAAUCGGAACUAAAGCGAUGCAAGCAUCAGUGCAAGACGUUACAACAAAUGCCAGAGUAUCAAGAGGAAAAAUGUAAUGAAAUGUGUGAGAAACUAUACCAUAGUGAGAAACAAAAAGAAGAAGAAAUUUCGUCUUUUUUUCCUUAUAAAGGAAGAGAAGAAGAGGGAGAGGUAGAGAGGGAAAAUAAUCCUUAUGUAUUCGAUGAACAUCAUUUUAUUACUGGAGUCGAGACCCAACAUGGAAGAGUUCGUGCUCUUCCUAAGUUUACUGAGAGGUCUAAGUUACUUAAAGGAAUUGAGAAUUACCGUUUUGAAAUUCUUGAAGCAAAUCCAAAGACCUUUGUUGUCCCUAACCAUUGGGAUGCUGACGCUGUCUUGUUUGUUGCUCAAGGGAGAGGAACGCUGAGCUUGGUCCGUAAAGGGAAGAGGAAUAGCUUCAAUAUUGAACGUGGGGAUAUUAUCAGGGUUUGUGCUGGAACAACUGCUUACUUAAUCAACAGGGACAAUAAUGAAAAUCUUCGCAUACACAAGCUUCUCAUCCCUGUAUCCACCCCUGGCCAAUUUCAGCACUUUUUCGGACCAGGAGGGCGAGAAAACCCUGAAUCUUUUUACAGUGCCUUUAGCUCUGAAAUACUUGAAGCCGCGCUCAAUACAAGGAGGGAUAAAUUGCAGAGGCUGUUGGGGCAAGAGAGGGAAGGAGUGAUAAUAAAAGCUUCAGAAGAGCAAAUCAGGGUAAUGAGCAAGCACGAAGAAGGCGGAAUUUGGCCAUUUGGUGGAGAAUCAAAGGGCUCAGUCAACAUUUACAGGCAACGGCCGGUGCAAUCCAACCAGUAUGGACAAUUCUAUGAAGUAGAUGAUAGCCACUACAAACAGCUAGGGGACCUCGAUAUUUCCCUCAACCUCGCUAACAUCACCCAGGGUGGCAUGUUAGGUCCAAUUUACAGCUCAAGGUCAACAAAUAUAGCAGUAGUGGUAGAUGGUGAAGGUUACUUUGAGAUGGCAUGCCCUCACUUGGCGUCUGAAUCGGGUAGACAACAAGGAAGCGAAGAAAGGGAACCGAGAAUUGGCUUAAGUUACCAAAAGGUGAGUUCAAAGUUGAGGCGUGGGAUGGUGUUGGCCAUCCCUGCUGGCCAUCCGUUCGUCGCUGUAGCUUCCACCAAUCAGAAUUUGCAAAUCUUUGGCUUCAACAUCAACGCCCGCGACAACGAAAUUGUCCCUCUUGCAGGGAGGAACAAUGUGAUGAGUCAACUGGAGAGGGAAGCACUGGAGUUGGGUUUCGGGCUACCAGCAAGAGAAGUGGAGCAAAUAUUCCGGAGCCAACAGGAGGAGUUCUUCUUCCAGGGACCUGGUGGUCAAUGGAGUGGCCGAGCCGCUGCAUGA